UGGGUUUUCGGGACAUGGAGCUUUUUAAUCAAGCAAUGCUCGGAAAACAAUGCUGGAGAAUUCUCACAUGCCAAGAUUCUCUUUGUUCAAAGGUGCUGAAAGGUCGAUACUUUCCUCAUUGUGAUUUUUGGCAAGCACCUCAGCCAAGAAGCUCAUCUUACACAUGGCGCAGUUUGAUGCAUGGAAAGAAACUUCUAGAGAAAGAUGAAGAAACAAAGAAUUGGAAUGAAGCCAUCAUUAGAACAUGCUUUAGCAAUGAAGAUGCAGAAAAGAUCCUACAGAUUCCAUUGAGCAGUACAUCAUGUGACGAUUUUCCAGCUUGGCCACUUUCCAAAUCAGGCACCACCAAAGAUGAAGAUUGUGCUUUGGCAUAUGGCUCAAGACUGUUUGCCAACAGGUUGGGAAGUUACAUUCUUACCCCUCUAUCACAAACAUUGAAGGCCCUGCGCACAGCAGCCCAUCAUCGCUGCCUCCUCCUCGAGUCGUGCGGGUCAAGCCCGCCGCUCAGCUUCCUCGACUCGCCCCGCGUGAAGGGGCCAGCGAGCGGCGGCCUCCUCGGCGGCGCGCUCCCCGGCGGCGUCUCUCCCCAGGCAGCAGCGCGCUACGCCGGCGGCGGUCGCCUUCUCCGUCCUCCCAUCCAGUGCUGA